AGACAAAACUCACCGGAAGCCUCGCUGUCUCCAGAGCCCGACAGGUUCAUGCAGCAGGCGGGACGGAGUGAAGCUGCAGGACGGCCCAAGACAUCCACCCUCUGUAGACCUCAGCUACAACAGAACCAGAGAGAAAACAGAAAGUCAUGUCGGCCAAAGCCAUCUCUGAGCAGACGGGGAAGGAGUUCCUCUACAGGUACAUCUGCACCUCGGCGCCGGUCCAGAACAAGUUCCGCCACGCCAACGUGACCACCGAGACCGACUUUGAGCGACUGGUGCAGGAGCAUCCGUGGCUGCUCUCUGAGAGACUGGUGGUGAAGCCGGACCAGCUGAUCAAACGGCGAGGGAAGCUGGGUCUGGUCGGCGUCAACCUGGACCUGCACGGUGCCAAAGAGUGGCUCAAGCCCCGCCUCAUGAAAGAGACGACGGUGGGAAAAGCCAAAGGUGUUCUCAAGAACUUCCUCAUUGAGCCAUUUGUUCCUCACAAGCAGGCUGAGGAGUUCUACGUGUGCGUAYACGCCUCUCGGGAGGGAGACUACGUGCUGUUUCACCACGAGGGCGGGGUGGAUGUUGGAGACGUGGACGCCAAGGCRCAGAAGCUGCUGAUUGGGGUGGAUGAAAAGAUCAGCGAAGAGAAGGUGAAGAAGGAACUGCUGAGCAAGGCUCCGAAUGACAAAAAGUCAGUUUUGGCCAGCUUCAUCGUUGGACUCUUCAACCUGUACGAGGACCUCUUCUUCACAUACCUGGAGAUCAACCCUCUGGUGGUCACAAAAGAUGGCGUUUAUGUGUUGGACAUGGCGGCAAAGAUCGAUGCAACRGCUGAUUACAUCUGCAAAUCCAAGUGGGGGGAUGUGGAGUUCCCUCCCCCCUUCGGCCGGGAGGCCUAUCCUGAGGAGGCCUACAUCGCCGACCUCGAUGCAAAGAGUGGUGCCAGCCUCAAACUGACUCUGCUCAAUCCUCGAGGCAGAAUCUGGACCAUGGUGGCCGGAGGAGGGGCCUCAGUGGUGUACAGUGACACGAUCUGUGACCUGGGCGGGGUCAACGAGCUGGCCAAUUACGGGGAAUAUUCAGGCGCACCGAGUGAACAGCAGACCUACGACUACGCCAAGACCAUCCUGUCCCUGAUGACGAGAGAGAAGCACCCUGACGGAAAGGUUUUGAUAAUUGGAGGAAGCAUAGCAAACUUCACAAAUGUUGCAGCAACAUUCAAGGGGAUUGUUCGAGCGAUCAAAGACUACCAGGUCCCCUUGAAGGAGCAUGAAGUCUCUAUUUUUGUUCGCCGCGGUGGCCCCAACUACCAGGAAGGUCUUCGAGUGAUGGGAGAAGUUGGAAAAACCACCGGGAUCCCAAUUCAUGUCUUUGGCACAGAGACCCACAUGACUGCCAUCGUGGGCAUGGCUCUGGGUCACAGGCCCAUCCCCACCCAGCCCCCWGUCGCUGCCCACACAGCCAACUUCCUCCUGAACUCCAGCAGCGGCACGUCGACUCCAUCAUCCAGGAGAAAAAGCCCUUCUUCUGAAAACAAAGCUAGAGUUGAGGCCUCACUAACUAAAAAGAUUAAAACUGGAGGUCCUGUUGCGAAGGCAACGACCCUCUUCACCAAACACACGAAGGCCUUAGUGUGGGGGAUGCAGACCCGGGCCGUUCAGGGGAUGCUGGACUUCGAUUAUGUCUGUUCCAGAGACGAGCCGUCUGUUUCAGCGAUGAUCUACCCGUUUACUGGAGACCACAAACAGAAAUUCUACUGGGGACACAAAGAGAUCCUCAUCCCUGUGUAUAAAAACAUGAGUGACGCCAUGAAGAAGCAUCCUGACGUGGACGUGCUCAUCAGCUUCGCCUCUUUGCGUUCAGCCUUUGAAAGCACCAUGGAGACCAUGCAGUACCCUCAGAUUCGGACCAUUGCCAUCAUYGCUGAGGGAAUCCCCGAAGCCCACACCAGGAGGAUCAUUAAAGUUGCAGAUGAGAAGGGUGUCACCAUCAUCGGACCGGCAACUGUCGGAGGAAUAAAGCCUGGCUGCUUUAAGAUCGGCAACACGGGAGGCAUGCUGGAUAACAUCCUGGCCUCCAAGCUUUACCGUCCAGGCAGCGUGGCCUACGUGUCCCGCUCAGGCGGCAUGUCCAACGAGCUCAACAACAUCAUCUCCCGCACUACGGAUGGUGUUUUUGAAGGCGUGGCAAUCGGCGGAGACAGGUACCCGGGCUCGGUGUUCACUGACCACGUGCUGCGAUACCAAGACACGCCAGCRGUGAARAUGAUCGUUGUGCUCGGAGAGAUUGGCGGCACAGAGGAAUACAAGAUCUGCCAGGCUAUUAAACAGGGCAGAAUCACAAAGCCAGUAGUGUGCUGGUGUAUUGGCACCUGUGCCACCAUGUUUUCCUCAGAGGUGCAAUUYGGCCACGCAGGAGCUUGUGCCAACCAGGCUUCAGAGACGGCAGUAGCCAAGAACAAAGCUCUAAAGGAAGCUGGAGCGUUUGUYCCUAAGAGCUUUGAUGAGCUGGGAGAGAUCAUCAAAUCUGUGUUUGACGAUCUUGUUGCCAAAGGAGUCAUUCAGCCAGCUGAAGAGGUGCCGCCUCCCACUGUACCAAUGGAUUACUCCUGGGCACGAGAGCUGGGUCUGAUCCGUAAACCGGCCUCCUUCAUGACCAGCAUCUGUGAUGAGAGAGGUCAGGAGCUCCUCUAUGCCGGGAUGCCCAUCACUGAGGUCUUCAGGUCUGAAAUAGGCCUGGGAGGAACUCUGGGCCUGCUUUGGUUCCAGCGGAGGUUGCCCAAGUACGCCUGCCAGUUCAUCGAGAUGUGCCUGAUGGUUACGGCAGAUCACGGCCCUGCCGUUUCUGGCGCUCACAACACCAUCGUCUGCGCCCGAGCUGGGAAAGACCUGAUCUCCAGCCUCACCUCGGGCCUCCUCACCAUUGGUGACCGCUUCGGAGGAGCCCUGGACGCAGCGGCAAAGCAGUUCAGCCAUGCGUUUGACAGCGGCAUGCUGCCCAUGGAGUUUGUCAACAAGAUGAAGAAGGACGGCAGGWUGAUUAUGGGCAUAGGACACCGGGUCAAGUCGAUUAAUAAUCCUGACAUGAGAGUUCAGAUCUUGAAGGACUUUGUGAAGCAGAACUUUCCUUCCUCUCAGCUGUUGGACUACGCUUUAGAAGUGGAGAAGAUCACCACCUCCAAAAAACCAAACCUGAUCUUGAAUGUGGAUGGCCUCAUCGGUGUGGCCUUCGUGGACUUACUCAGGACUUGUGAUGGAUUCACACGGGACGAGGCUGACGAGUUUGUAGAAGUCGGUGCCUUGAAUGGCAUCUUCGUCCUGGGUCGCAGCAUGGGGUUCAUCGGACACUACCUGGACCAGAAGAGGCUGAAGCAGGGUCUGUAUCGCCACCCCUGGGAUGACAUCUCCUAUGUGCUUCCAGAGCACAUGUCUAUGUAAUAAAAGCUGAGCCAUCAGUUCCCAAACCCUCACUGUGAUUUGCCACUUAAAAAAAUAAAUACAUAUACAACUAGUGACAUUAUGAAGGGAAGAUGUUACAAAUAUUGUAGCUGCAAAUUGUCUWUUUUUCAUCCUGAAGGCCAGUCUAUGCUGCGGGUAAAUAAUUGUUGGGAAAAUUUAACUGUUGAUCAUAACUAUCUGUCACGAUAAAGUGCUGUUAUUUAUCUCCAAAUAUAAAAUGAUAUUUGCUGAGUAUGUGUGUCUGUGUUUCAGACUGUUGUGUCGAUGUUCUGCUCUCAUCACUGUGCCGUUUUUUAAAAACAAAAUGUGAUCUCAUAGUGCAAUACCAGAUSAAACCAGAACGUCCAUAGAGCAGAGCUUUUCUCCUGUGUCAGUGCAUUAAUACAAAAACUAAUAAUAAUUAAUAGAGUAUUAUUGUUUUUAUGUGAUGCUUUUAAUGAGGUGUCAAAACUGAGAUGUUGGUGAACAUUUUGUGCCAAACUUUCUGCCCACUGUCGUUUGCUGUAAUUAUGUUUCUUUUGUAUAAGUUCAUCRUAUUCUGAGUUGGAUUACAAGUUGAACCACAUGCACAGCAGUUUGAAUCAUUUUAGCAUUAAUAACAGUGAAUCUUUGCAUUAUGUUUAUCUCUGUUAUAUUUGAGUUUAGAGACUAUUUUAUUUCAUAAAAUUAGACUCUUAACAGCAAGGCAGUGUGUGUCUGGUGUCAUCUGUGCAGAAAAGUUUUUUUUUAUUUGUUGCUUUUGUUUCUAAAUAAAAUUUUAACUGUUCCCUUAUGAACUAAAUGUGCUUCUGUGCCAAUAUGUUGUAUGUUUACAACCAUAACAGGUAAAAUAAAUAUGAUAAAUGACUGUGUAA